AAUAUCAGUUUAGUUUGAUAGAUUCUAAUAAGUAUGCAAAGAAGCCAAAGUGAAGAACAGUCACCAAAAACACUCGUAUAGAACCAUCACCAAUGAAAGCCGGAGCCGGAACCGAAGCCGAUGCCGGCGCCAAAGGUAAUGAAAGCCAAGGGCGCAGCUACUGGAGCCGCAGCUGGCGAGACUUAUUCCCAGAAGAAUCAUUCCAGAGCUGGGGCGCCUACUGGCGCGCCGUAGCCGACACUCCUCACCGGCUCAACGACCGGUUCCAAUCCCGGUCCUCCGACGCCGCCGAGCUCGGCUCCGUCCGGCGCCGCAGCGAGAACGACAUGAAACGGUGCCUCACCUGGUGGGACCUCACCUGGUUCGGCUUCGGCUCCGUCAUCGGCGCCGGCAUCUUCGUCCUCACCGGCCAAGAAGCCCAUGACCACGCCGGCCCCUCCAUCAUCCUCUCCUACAUCGCCUCCGGCGUCUCCGCCAUGCUCUCCGUCUUCUGCUACACCGAAUUCGCCGUCGAGAUCCCUGUCGCCGGUGGCUCCUUCGCUUACCUCCGUGUCGAACUCGGCGACUUCGCCGCCUUCAUCGCCGCCGCUAAUCUCAUCCUGGAAAGCAUCAUCGGAUCCGCCGCCGUGGCACGUGCCUGGACUUCAUACUUCACCACUCUCCUAAACCGACCUUCAAAUUCACUCAGAAUCCAUACGAAUCUCGCCCAAGACUUCAACCUCUUGGAUCCGAUCGCCGUUGUUAUCCUGGGAAUCACUGGGACGUUGGCGAUGGUGAGCACGAAGAAGACGUCGUACUUCAACUGGGUGGCUUCGGCGGUUCAUGUGGUAGUGAUUGUGUUUGUGAUAAUCGCUGGUUUUGCUCAUGCGGAGACGAAAAACCUGAAGCCAUUCUUUCCGUUUGGGGUUCAGGGAGUGUUUAGGGCGGCGGCCAUUGUUUACUUCGCUUAUGGUGGGUUUGAUAACAUAGCAACCAUGGCGGAGGAGACGAAGAACCCAUCUAGAGAUAUUCCUCUUGGGUUGCUUGGAUCCAUGUCCAUCAUCACUGUUAUCUAUUGUCUCAUGGCUCUCUCCCUCACCAUGAUGCAGAGGUACUCGGACAUAGACACGAACGCAGCCUAUUCGGUGGCAUUCCGGAACGUAGGAAUGAAAUGGGCGCAAUACAUUGUGGCACUGGGCGCGCUCAAGGGAAUGACCACAGUGCUGCUCGUCGGCGCGCUCGGCAAUGCUCGGUACAUGACGCACAUAGCUCGGAGCCACAUAAUCCCACCUCUCUUUGCUCUGGUUCACCCCAAAACCGGAACUCCCAUCUACGCCACCAUUUUAAUCACCUUCUGCAGCGCUUGCAUUGCCUUCUUCUCCAGCUUGGAAAUCCUUGCAAGCUUGCUCUCCAUUAGCACUCUCUUCAUUUUCAUGAUGAUGGCUAUAGCUUUGCUUGUCCGGAGAUACUACGUCAGUGGUGUAACUACAAAGGAGGAACAGGUUAAGUUAGUAGGGUUCUUGUUGCUCAUUGUGGCUUCUUCAAUGGGGAUAUCUGCUUACUGGGGAAUUAGGCCUCAUGGGUGGGUUGGGUAUGUGGUGACUGUGCCUGUUUGGGUUUUAGGGACAUUGGGGUUGGAGUUGUUUGUGCCACAGAGGAGGAAGGCAAAGGUUUGGGGGGUUCCAUUGGUGCCAUGGUUGCCAUCUUUGUCCAUUGCUACUAAUCUUUUUCUUAUGGGGUCUCUUGGGUAUGAAUCUUUCAUAAGGUUUGGGAUUUGCACUGUGAUUAUGCUGGUUUAUUAUGUGUUUUUUGGAGUGCAUGCUACUUAUGAUGUGGCUCAUGGUGAAGAUGGUGAAAUAGACAAGCUAGUUGAUGGAAGUGAUCAGGACAAGGUGGCAGCUGGAGGAGAAAAAGCUUAGUAUAUUAUGUUAGCUAUAUUUAUAUUUGUCUUUCUUGUAUGACUGUUUCAUGUUUCCUUUAUUUGGGACGGAAAACUUGUUGUAAUGUGGGAUGAAAGAUAUGAAAUGUUGGUUUAUCCA